GUAUCGUGUGGUUGCCACCAUGGCCUCAUCUUGUGCUCUGAUGGCAGCAUCUGGGUGUGGGGCUCAUCAGAACGAGGGCAAUGUGGCUUGAAGUCUCGGGAGGUGGUGGAGUCUCCGAAGCAGAUCGAGUAUGCGGUUGGCGGGAACUCCAUCGUGAACAUGCAGAUCAAGUCCGUAGCUGCCGGAGACGUUCACUCGCUGCUGCUGAGCGCUGGGGGACGGAUCAUCGCGUUCGGAGACAACUCUUGGGGACAGCUCGGGCUGCCUGAGACGCAAGAGUCGGAGGCGCUGGAGAAGGAGCGGGGGGAACUCCUGCAAAGCCUCGCAAACAUCUCAUCUUCUGUAUCUCCGCACCACACCCUGCUGCUGUCGAAGCACGGCAGGGUGUACUCGUGCGGACUCAAUCAGUACGGGCAACUCGGACUGGCAGGGGAGGAUGCAGCUGAGAAAGUUUUCCUACCCAAGUUGAUUCGCUCCGUCAGAAACGUGAGGGUCAUCCAGGCCAGCGCAGGGCUCGAGCACUCGCUGUUCUUGACCUCCGAUCGGACUGUCUUGGGGUGUGGAAGGAACGAGGCAGGAGUGCUCGGA